AUGGCUUCCGAUGGCCGGCAGUUCCCUCCCCAAAGGCAGGAGACACAGCCUGGAAAAGAGCAUCUCAUGGACCCCACUCCUCAGGCUGCAACCCCUGAAUACAAGCCCGCUAAUAAGCUUCAAGGCAAGGUGGCACUUGUGACCGGCGGUGACUCCGGCAUAGGCCGGGCCGUGUGCCACUGCUUCGUAUUGGAAGGUGCAACCGUGGCCUUCACCUAUGUGAAAGGCCACGAGGACAAGGAUGCACAGGACACCCUCCAAAUGCUAAAACGAGUGAAGAGCUCCGAUGCGAAGGAGCCGAUUGCAAUAGCGGCCGACUUGGGUUUCGAUGAGAAUUGCAACAGAGUUGUCGACGAGGUGGUGAACGCCUAUGGCCGGAUUGACAUUCUGGUCAACAAUGCCGCCGAACAGUACAAGGCCACCACGGUUGAAGAAAUUGAUGAAGCUAGGCUUGAGAGGGUGUUUAGGACCAAUAUUUUUUCUUACUUCUUUAUGGUCAGGCAUGCUUUGAAGCACAUGAAGCAAGGGAGCUCCAUCAUCAACACCACAUCAGUGAAUGCAUACAAGGGGAAUGCAAAGUUGCUGGACUACACAGCCACCAAAGGUGCAAUUGUGGCAUUCACUAGAGGACUUGCACUGCAGCUCGUGAGCAAAGGAAUACGCGUCAAUGGCGUCGCCCCCGGCCCGAUCUGGACGCCGUUGAUCCCGGCCUCGUUCAGCGAAGAGGAGAGUGCAAAUUUUGGGUCGCAGGUGCCAAUGAAGAGGGCUGGUCAGCCAAUUGAGGUUGCUCCAUGCUAUGUCUUCCUUGCUUCUAAUGUGGACUCCUCUUAUAUUACAGGACAAGUUCUUCACCCUAAUGGUAUGUCCUUCAAUGACUUUUUACAUGUUCAAUUGACAUGCUUAAUGACUUUAUUUACUUCUUCUUCUUAUUAUUUUUUUGGGUUUUUAUUUAUUUAUUAUUAUUUUUUUGGGUGUUUAUUUAUUUAUUUAAUUUUUGCAGGAGGAACGAUAGUUAACGCUUGAAGAAUUGAAGGGUUUGUUGGGGGUGCCUUUAAGUUUCUUUUGUGGUGGUGUCUUUUGAUAUGUUUGUAUGGUCCAAGGGGUAUGUAAUAGUACAAUGCUUUUGUGUAUGAAAGAAUCCAUUUCAAGAAAGUUUCUUGUUUAAUUUAGGAUCAUCUCCCUGUGUGUUGUGUGUGUGUAUGUGUGUGUGAAAAUUACAUUAGGCUUCAUUAAAUUUGUUAGCAAACUGGAAACGAAGAUUUUUUUGUUAUGGGAAGUGGGAACAUAAAAGAAUAUAUGAUUGGGAAAAAGAUCAUACUGAUGACUGUUUGGGCCUGAGAUUUUGGGCCCCUCGU